AUGACGCGGCGUUUGCUGGAGCUGGGCGCGCAGCCUGACUGUUCAAUGGGCUCGGCGAGCAGGGGACGAACACCUCUUCAAGCGGCAGCCGAGCGCGGGCAUUUCGAGAUUGUGAGACUCCUUAUCGAGUAUGGCGCUAAUGCAGCAGUCCUCGGGCGGAAAACUGCGUUGAUCCGACCUGUCUUACAAGCUGGUGCUGAUGUUAAUGCGCCUCCGGCAGCAUCCGGAGGGCGAACUGCAUUGCAGGCAGCUUGCAGGGACGGAGAUCUGACGACGGCCAAGUUACUGAUAGAUGCCGGGGCAGAUGUCAAUGGCUCUCCUGCCACAAUCUCCGGGUCUACUCCCCUUUCAUAUGCUGUCAAGUGUCAGAAUAUCGAGUUGGUUCAGGCCCUGAUCCAGCACGGUGCUACACCUAACCAUACCGGAGACUUGGACAGUGGGACAGCACUGCAGAUAGCAGUAUCCUAUCAGAGUUCUGACUUGAUUCGACUGCUGUUAGAUGCUGGGGCCAAUAUUAAUGCUCCCGCUGGGAAUUCAGGCGGUCGAACUGCCCUUCAGCACGCAGUGGAGUGUGGCAACUUCAAUCUUGUCCAGCAGCUUAUCGAUGCUGGUGCUGACGUUAAUGCACCUUCUAGCCCGACAGAAGGAACAACUGCGCUUCAGGCUGCUGCAGGAGCAGGAUAUCUGGGAAUCGCGAUAAAGCUUCUAGAAGCCGGGGCCAGCGUUAAUGAGUCGCCUUCACCACAAGGAAGCAGAACGGCUUUGCAGGAAGCAUCAAUGCAUGGAAGGCUUGAUAUGGUGAAGCUGCUUUUGAAUACAGGUCUCAAUCGAGAUGGCGUACGAGAACUAUGGUUUCAAAGCGCCAUAGCUCUUGCGUUGGAUUCUGGACAUUUCGCUAUCGCUGAGAUGUUGUCAAACCAUGUAAGAUGA